CCAUCAAGCAGCAUCAGCACCGAAAGGCUGAACAGGAAAAGGGUGGGGAGAUCAAGAGCGAGCGAGAGACCGUGAGGAGCAAAGCCUUGAAAGCUCCCCCUCCGUGACGCAAUCUGCUCGAGAAAUCCGAGCCCAAAUCUGGCAGCGCGCGCAGACCCUGACUCACCAAUUCUCGACCUUUCCCUUCGCUUCCCCGUCUCAGCCUAAGAAUUGAACGAGGCACCUCCCCUUUAAGGGGAUUGAGCAGGCGGGGAAGGGAGUGAAGUGACAAGGGGGUGGCGCACGCGUGGUCUGUCCUCCUGUCCGCUCUUUCCACCUUGGCUCUCCCUUGCGGACAAGGCUGCCUUGCUAGCCUUUCCGCCCGACUCUCUCAAGUAGCCAUGAACCGAGUGGAUAAGGAGGAGACCCUCAUUGAGAUGGGUCCGGCCAAUGAAGGAGAAGAAAGCAAUGGACCUUUAUUUGAAAAUAUAUCAAACACAGAUUCAGAACUGCCUGGCAACUCUGAGGGCCUAAGUACUACUGAGACUACAUUACUCAUCUCUGAUCUUCAAGGGAAGACUGGAAGGAGAUACAAUCUGUUCCUGAAGCAACGUCUCAGGAUUGACAAACGACAUCAAAGCAAGGACUCUGUUUUCUUCAGAGAUGGUGUCCGGCGAAUAGACUUUGUACUUGCUUAUGUGGAUGAUGCAAAAAUAGAAGGGGAAAGAAAAGUGGAACGGAGACGAGAAUUUGAGAACAAUCUAGCAAAGGCUGGUCUGGAACUAGAAACUGAAGAUAAGAAGGAAUCUGAAAAUGGCAAGACUUACUUUGUGAAGGUUCAUGCACCGUGGGAGGUUCUGAUCACAUACGCCGAAGUGCUAAAUAUAAAAGCACCCAUUAAGGAAAAUGAUAUUCCUUGUCCCGUAGAGAACCCUUUGGACUGUGUAUUUUGGCCAUUUAGGCUCCCUGAGAUUGUGAUGCACCCAGAACCAGACUACUUUACAGCGCCAUUCAGCAAGGAAAGGCAGGAACUCUACCUCAUUGAUGAUGAGAGUACGUUUUUCUCACCAUCUGUCAGAAACAGAAUUGUUUACUAUAUUUUAACAAGGUGUCCAUAUGGAACAGAAGAAGGGAAGAAGAAGUUUGGAAUCAAAAGACUGUUGAACAAUGGCACCUACACUGCUGCUUACCCUCUUCAUGAUUGCCAGUAUUGGAGGAGGGCAAAUGAUCCUAAGUGUGAAAAUGAAAGAUACACAUUAUAUAGAGAAUGGGCAAGGUUUCCUCGGUUUUUCAAAGAACAGCCCUUGGAUCUUAUCAGGAAGUAUUAUGGAGAAAAGAUCGGAAUCUAUUUUGCCUGGCUGGGUUUCUACACUGAGAUGCUGUUCUUUGCAGCUGUUGUUGGUUUAAUAUGUUUUCUGUAUGGUGCAUUCACAAUGCAUGAAAAUAUGAGUAGCCAAGAAAUCUGUAACUCCAGCAUUGGGGGAGAGAUUAUCAUGUGCCCUCUAUGUGAUCAAAAAUGUGAUUACUGGAGACUGAACUCCACGUGUGAGUCUUCACAGUACUCCCAUUUGUUUGAUAAUGUGGCUACCCUAUUUUUUGCUAUCUUUAUGGGCAUCUGGGUCACACUUUUCUUGGAGUUUUGGAAGCGACUGCAAGCUCGACUUGAAUAUGAAUGGGAUCUAGUAGAUUUUGAGGAGGAACAGCAACAACUCCAGCUUAGGCCAGAGUAUGAAGCAAAAUGUACCCAAAAGAGGAAGAAUCCAGUAACCCAGGAAUUAGAGUUGAUUAAGAGGAAGAGCAUACAUGACUAUGGGAAACUGACCUUGUUGUACUUUGGAAUAUUGUUUUGGAUCUCUUUGAUCAUAGCUAGUAUGAUAGCUGUGAUAGUUUACCGCCUUGCUGUCUAUGCUGCUUUUGCCAGCAUUAUGGAGAACACACGGACACUGCAGCCCAUUCGAGGUUUACUGACACCACAACUGGCAACAUCAGUCACUGCAUCAUGCCUGAAUUUUGUCAUCAUUAUGAUGCUAAAUUUCUUAUAUGAGAGGAUAGCCAUCUGGAUCACAGAUAUGGAAAUCCCAAGAACUCACCUGCAAUAUGAGAACAGGCUUACUAUGAAAAUGUUCCUGUUUCAGUUUGUCAACUACUAUUCUUCAUGUUUCUAUGUGGCUUUCUUCAAAGGGAAAUUUGUGGGGUACCCAGGAUCUUACACAUACAUGUUUGAUCGCUGGAGAAAUGAAGAGUGUGAUCCUGCAGGAUGCUUGAUAGAACUGACGACACAGCUUACCAUUGUCAUGGCUGGCAAACAAAUCUGGGGCAAUAUCCAAGAGGCUAUUCUACCCUGGAUCUGGAAUUGGUGGGGCCGUCGAAAAGCCAGAAGCCGUCCAGAGAAUUUAUACAGUCGAUGGGAACAGGACCAUGAUCUGCAGUCCUUUGGACCCUUGGGCCUAUUCUAUGAAUACCUAGAAAUGGUUAUUCAGUUUGGAUUUAUCACUCUGUUUGUGGCCUCUUUUCCUUUGGCUCCACUACUUGCUCUGAUGAACAAUAUCCUGGAGAUUCGAGUUGAUUCUUGGAAGCUUACAACUCAGUAUAGAAGACCAGUGGCAGCCAAAGCCCAUAGCAUAGGAAUUUGGCAAGAAAUUCUAAAUGGAAUGGCUAUUUUGUCUGUUGUUACAAAUGCAUUCAUUGUUGCCUUCACCUCUGAUAUGAUCCCUCGAUUGGUUUAUUAUUAUGCCUACUUUACGGAUUCUGAUUCGCCCAUGUCUGGAUACAUUAAUGACAGCCUCUCUGUAUUCCAAACUUCAGAUUUUCUUGAUAAAAACAGACCUGAAGUGAACCCAGGCAACUUCUCCACUUGCAGGUACAGGGACUAUCGAUAUCCACCAGACCAUGAGAAGGAAUAUGCACACACAAUGCAGUUCUGGCAUAUUCUGGCUGCCAAAAUGGCUUUUAUAAUUAUUAUGGAGCAUGUUGUCUUCAUCGUCAAAUUUUUUGUGGCUUGGAUGAUCCCUGAUGUUCCAUCUGAGGUGAAAGCAAAAAUAAAGCGUGAGAAGUACUUAACCCAAAGAAUCCUGCAUGAGUAUGAACUCAAUAAACUUAAGCAGAAGCUGUGUGAAGGUAGGACCUCUGCCAGCAUGGAAAAGGAAGUCAUUGCCACUGAAGGGAGAGUGGAGUUAUCAGGAGCUAUGUAACCUGAGGAGAGGCUGACAGCCUGUGAAAUUUGGUUGUUCGUUAUGUGAGGAGCUGUUCAGUAUGCCAGAAAGCUUUACUUUCAGUCCUAACAAUUUUACUAAAGCAAGCAGAGAGAAUCAAUAUGUCUUGGUUGUUGGGCAAUCAGCAAGCCUACAUUUUUCAGCUACAUUUUUCAUUUGGUUCAGCUGCUGAUCAAACUCCUGAAGAUAGAUUGACAGGGCCUGGCACUCAUUACCAUUGUGAGCCUGAUGUCCCACCUAUCCUGGUUUGAAUUGGUUUGAUUUUCAAUUUCUAGAAGGCUGAGGAUAUGAUUUCAUUGGAUCAAGCCCACUGGAUGUAAAUGAGGAAGGUGUUUCCAGCUGUGAAACAUAAAAACCAAACACAUGCUACUCUCUUUGCCCUCAAAGAUGCUGUUUACUGCAAAGAGCACCUUUGGAAGCAUAUUGCUUAUGAGCCUCAGAGGGAGAGGCAAGUGAAUGGAUAGUGGCAACAAUGGGCCCCUCAGGAAGAGAAGACCCAUCUUACCCAAGGACCCCCAAACCUAGAACUGGCAUUGCCUUCAGUCCAUAUUUCCAAUCAAAAUUGUCCACCUGGACAAGUGCUUGCAUCAGGCACAGGCACAAAGGCAGGUAUCCUAAACAAACCAUAAGGCAAAAGGAUUUUUGACGGCACUGUGUCAUGCAUAAUGUGGAGAACUGCAUAUGGCGAGUUUCAAUGAAAUGAGCAUGGGGUGGAUGGAAAUUGUUGAUUCCUUUUGCCUCAUUUAGUUCAGCUGUGUAGGUAGGGAAGUGUAAUGUAGUUGGAUUUUUUUUAAAAAAACUCCCACUUGUUUUAACUUUCAAUGGAACAAGGAAACAGGCUGGUACUGUGUGCUUUCCGUUGCUGCCCAAUGUAUUUUCUUAGUGCCACAUUUUUGUUGCUGUCCAUUCAUGAAUAAAACAGCAGGUUGUUAUCCUAUGUGGACAAUCUAGUCUGCCAACAUCACACCUUAAUUAAAAGCCAUCAUUCAAAAUGACCACCUUGUGCAAGUUUUCCCUGGCAAAUAAAAUAAAUAAAAAUCAUUAGUAAGCUGGUUUUUAUACACACUAGUAUUACUGUGACAGCACUACAGUGAGGUAUGUUCAGGGCCAAUAGGAGAAAACAGAAGGAGGGAACCCUAAGCAUUAAGGCCAGCAGUCCUGAAUGUUGGGGGUGGGGAGUUAAUCAGACAUAGGAACUUGAAUCUUCUGUUCCCCAGUUGCUGGUAACUAGUGGAAAUUGGCGUCACCGUGACAGUGACUGACAGAAAGAAUGGGACUAUGUACAGAAGAGAUAUUUGGGAGGAUGCGGUGUGUCUCUUUGCACUCUGCAGUUCACCAUAGUAGGACUCCUGUUGGGGGCAGCUCAGGCUGUACCCACAUCACAGGUACAAUUUUGCCCCCACUGGAGUGAAAGGCAGCCAUAUAUGGUAGUAGAAUGCAAAGGUGUGCACUCAGGAACUUCAUCAGUCAGGCAAUCUUGCUUUUGUUUUGUGACAGCAGAGAGGCAGGAGGUGGAUUUAGUCCUCUCUAGGAUGAGGCCCAUUUACUUUGGCUGAGAAGCUCAGUGAGAACUAUGAUACCCCUGUAAUGUUUGUAUAAUAUUUAUAGUAAGUGCUGGUUUUGUAGGUUAAAUAUGGUAAGUAGAGUGAGUUGGGAGGGGGGAAUACAUGUGAGGGAAUGUUGAGGAAUGCUGUGUUGUGAUUGGCUGAGCUUCUGGGUGGUUGAAUGUAUAUGAGAGAAUGACAGUUGGUCAGGAGUUCAGUUCUGGUUUUGGGCUGAAGAGGGUGAGGGGUGGAUGUCUAUUUAGACGGGUAGUGAGGCUGGUUUAGGAAAAAUAUAUGAAGUAAGAGAAACUGUAAUAUAUUGAAGAUUGUUUAUAUGUAACCACAUGCAUGACAACUGAAUUCAAAGUAACCUUGUUUAUUCCCAAUAUUAUUUAAUAAAUCUGUUUGGUUAAACAGCAUGCCUGAUCCUUGGCUGGGUUCAUACAGAGGAGAAGAGUGGGCAAAAAACCAAAGCUGGAACUAGUAUCUAUGGUGGCAGCGGUGAAUGGUUAGUGUAUCAGCAGAAGGUAUCCAAAGGCAACCCAGGGCUGUAGUCUUUAAAGACAGAAAGAUAUGGAGGAGUGGCCUGAAAGUGUACCUAGACACUUAAUAGCAAUCUGUAAAAGGAGGAGACUAAGGCAAAGUCUCAGGGCAGCAUUGCUUUACAGUGUGUCAGGUAGUGAUGUCUAGUGGUGGGAUCGUGAGAGAUCCAUGCCAGGGCCAGUGCAAGAGAGGAGGUCUGACAAGAACCACUGAGAACAAAACUAUUUACUAGCUGUAGAGCUGCAUCCCUCUGUCUGCAUAGCUGCACUCUGGGUUCAGCUUCUUGAUCAUGCUAGAGUACAACAUGAAGAGAUGGAAUGCAGGAGUCAGUGUCAUUCAUAUGGUGGUUGAAGUUUGAACUAGGAUGGGAAAGACCCAGGUACAAAUUCCUGUUCAGCCAUGAAAUUCACUGAGUAACCUUGAGCUUGUCAUUACCUCUCAGACUAACCUACCUCACAGGGUUGUUGUGACAAUAAAAAAGGGGAAAACCAUGCAUGCCACUUUGAGCUCCUUGGAGGAAAGGUGGGAUAUAAAUGAAAUGAAAAAAUAAAUGACAAAAGUAUUCCCCAUUCAAAACAUACAUCGUACAAAAUGAAAUCCCAUACCACUAUGUCCAUAUGAAAGAAUUUAUGAAAUCAAAGGCUAGAUUUUAAAAAAAACAGCCUUGGCAACUGUAACAUAAGAGAAAUUACCUAGCAUACAAAUGUUUUAAAAAUAAAACCAGUUUCUUGUUUUUAAAGGCUCUCUCCUCCCUCUCCAUUUCUUUUUUAUUCCUUUGUCUUACUUGGCAUCAGUCAAGCAGCUGAAGAAAUCUAGAGAAGACCCCAGAAUAUGGAAUUUGUUACCCUUGGGAAACCAAAGCAGCUUUAAAUUUGCACACAGCAUAAUCAAACACUCCCCCCUCCUGUCUCUCACAUGCUGCUAGCAAGGCAUAGAGCCAUAAUAGCUGCAAUAUUACUUGCACAUCUGUCAUUUCCGGAAGUUGGCCAAUCAUUCUGGUAAAUGAAUAAUUAACGGUACAAGCAGCAUUAUGAAAUCGGCAUACUACAUGUAAGGAAUAUGGAACACACAUCUAGCCAGAAAGCAGAAACAGACUUUUGUGGAAGUACUGACUCCCUGUUGGACACUAUCCAAAUGACUCUAAUCCCUGGGACUUUCCUUUUCAUCCUGGUUGUGGGAUUGUUGCUGAACGUCCCCAUCAUCUGGACACUUGCUUUCUGUAUGAAGCGCUGGAACAGGAGCACCAUUUUCCUCUUCAACUUGGUGUUUGCUGAUAUCAUGUGGAUCUUAACCCUUCCCUUCCUGAUCUUCUAUCACCUAAACCAGCUGCACUGGACAUUUGGAGAUAACUUCUGCAAGAUUAUACGGACAGCCUAUCACCUGUGCUAUUACUGCAGCAUCUACUUUGUCACCUGCCUAAGCAUGGACAGGUACUUGGCAAUUGUCCAUCCACUGAAGUCCCUAUGGGUAUUAAACAAACAACACUCCCUGUUGAUUUCUUCUUGCAUCUGGACAGUUAUAGGACUGGUUAGCCUUCCAGUCACUUAUAUCGUAAGCACCCAGACAUGCCCAAACAACAAAACUAUUUGCCCUCUCUAUAUAUUUUCCAGUUCUACCUAUAUAACUCUCCCUCUGUCUGUGAGUUGUUCAGUUGCAGGAUGCUUGCUACCUUUCAUGGCUAUUUGUUACUGUUAUUGCAGCAGCGUUAGAAAACUCCAAGACACUGGCCUCCAGCGCUUUCAGAAAAGGGUAAAACUCACCAAGCUCAUGUACUCGGCCUUGAUCAUGUUUGCUCUUCUCUACUUUCCUUACCACCUCUCACGAAACAUCAGCAUCUUCCUGAGAGCUGUGUGGCCUUCUGCAACCCAGUCUAUUCAGCAUGCUGACACCUUUUUCCUUGUAGAGAUGGCCAUCUGCAGCCUGAAUACCUGUAUCAACCCUCUUUUCUGUUUCCUGGCCGGGGGAGAUUUUAGAGAGAAGGCCUGCAAAUUAGCAUCCUCAUUUUGUUUCAUCAAACGCUGGAGGAAUCGACGGCAAUUGGCAUGUAUUUAUCCUAUAUAAAUCUUUUCUAAACUAAGGAUAUCAUGGAAUGAAACAAUCACUUGGACUGGGUGAUUGAGUGACCAUUAAUUGUUUUGAGUGUGUGUAUGAUAG